GGGGCCGCGGCGCGCGGCUCGAGAGAGCGCUCCUCCGCCCCGCGCGCCGUCCCUGCGCCCCGCUCCGCCCGCGCCUCUCUGUCCGCGCCGCGCCUCGGGCGUCCAGAGCGCGCCCCUCUCACCGCAGCGAGCGCCGCCCGCAGCAGUCCAGCCCCAGCCGCCUCCUCCUCCGCCGCCGCCGCCGCCGCCGCCGCCGGACACGCAGCCGCAGGCCGGGGCCGGGACGCAGCUGGGGAGUCAGGGACGCGCGCAGCCAGCCCUUCCCCCUCCGGCUCCCGCACCGCCGGCCGCCUCCCCUCGCCCUCCUCCUCCCUCCCUGCUCCUUCGCUUCUCCUCCUCCUCCUGCACGGCCCGGCUGCCAGCACCAUGUCCGCAGGGGGAGAUUUUGGGAACCCACUGAGAAAAUUCAAGUUGGUGUUCCUGGGGGAGCAGAGCGUCGGGAAGACGUCUCUGAUCACACGGUUCAUGUAUGACAGCUUCGACAACACGUACCAGGCAACCAUUGGGAUUGACUUCUUGUCAAAAACCAUGUACUUGGAGGAUCGUACGGUGCGGCUGCAGCUCUGGGACACGGCCGGCCAGGAGAGGUUCCGCAGCCUGAUCCCCAGCUACAUCCGAGACUCCACGGUGGCCGUGGUGGUGUAUGACAUCACAAAUCUCAACUCCUUCCAGCAGACCUCGAAGUGGAUUGACGACGUCAGGACAGAGAGGGGCAGCGAUGUCAUCAUCAUGCUGGUGGGCAACAAGACGGACCUGGCAGACAAGAGGCAGAUAACCAUCGAGGAGGGGGAGCAGCGCGCCAAAGAACUGAGCGUCAUGUUCAUCGAGACCAGCGCCAAGACUGGCUACAAUGUGAAGCAGCUCUUCCGACGUGUGGCGUCAGCUCUGCCUGGAAUGGAGAAUGUCCAGGAGAAAAGCAAAGAAGGGAUGAUCGACAUCAAGCUGGACAAACCCCAGGAACCCCCAGCCAGUGAGGGCGGCUGCUCCUGCUAAUGCAGCCUGACCUGCCAGCUUCCUUUGACACUACUCGCUUGUUGUGUUGCUUCCUAUUGGUUAGCUUCCUAAGGGGGGUGGGAAAUGAGCUUAUCAAGAUGGGAGGAUUUUUCUUUUCUCUCUGUCUCUAGGAGUAGGGUGGGGUGGGGAGGGAGGCUGGGCAUCAGGGAUCACGUCACUCUUAACAGCUGUUACUUAAACAACUAUUUUUUGGUUUGGUUGUAAUAUAUUGUACUUUAUUAAGAUUGCCAAAAACUGUUAAAAUUUAAAAAAAAUUUAAAAUCAUGUGUAUACAACUUUUUGCCAGAUAAAAAUGUAGUCAUUUUUAUUUAAAAGA